AUGGGCCUGAGCAAAGAAGGAGGAGGAGCCUUGGAGGAAGACAUCAAACUGGCUUUAAAGGGACAUGUGAAGGAAGGUUACAAGUUCAAUCCUGCAUCAGAGUUACAGAAGGGUAAUGAAUUCUAUCAGGAAAACCCAAAACCCAGUGACAGAGUUCAUGUUCUUGUCUGCAUAAUUCCUGCUGACAACUUAGAUCUGAUAUCUGAGGAAGUUGUGAGGAAAAUAAGGAGCAUCAGAGAAGAAGCCAGCAGACAGCACAUUGCUCAGAUUGCUGUUCUCACCAAAAUUGAUCGGGUCUGUCCCAAACUACAAGAAGAUAUAAAGAACGUCUACAUACUUCCAGAAAUAAAGCAAAAGAUUGAAAAGUUCAGUGCUGCUGUGGGUAUUCCCAUGACCAACAUCUUCCCUGUGAAGAACUACCACCAAGAAAUCGACCUGGACGAUGACAUUGACUCACUGAUCCUCAGCGCCAUGAAGCACAUCAUCAACUGUGGAGACAAUUACAUCAACUUCCACCACAAUCGCUUUGAAUCUUCAUGA